AGGACAGUCCCCGGCGGAGGCAUGGGGCUGUCUCAGGCCAAGCGGGGUGACUGCAAAGCCCAGCAGAGCAGCGUGAGCCCAGAGGCAGGCAGCAGGGGCUGUGACCCUGGCACUUACCUAGCAGCAGGUAGCAAGAGUGGCCUCAUUGAGCCAAAGAAGCUGCCGAACCCGGUCAGAGAGUCCAAGACCCACCAGGAGCUCCAUCGGGAGCUGCUGUUCAGCCACAAGAGGGGGCUGUUGCCAGAACACAAACCAGAGCUCCAGAAGGUUCUGGAGACCAGGAGAUUCAAGCAGCUGAAGCAGCAGCAGGAGUCACAGAGGCCCCUGACGGAUCUGGAAGAGGAGCUGAGGAAACGACACCGGAUGCUGGAGCAGUACGAGCAAGAGUUGGCUCUGAAGGGGGAACAGGAGCACAGGCCUGAGUUCAUCCUCGUCAAGGAGAGCCUGAAGAAGAUCAAGCUGUCUGGAGAAACAGGCGUGAGGCAGACCUGAGGGGCAGGUGCCUCGCCAUCUCCUGGGAACUCUUGUAGAAGCAGGGGCUGAGGCAUUCAGCAUGAGGCCAGCGCACCUUCCAGUGGGUGCCAUCACAGACCGCUUUGUCUGGUGCCUGCCCUAGCAACUGGGAAACCACUAGUUGCCUCAGAGAGGCUGACGAUGGCAGAAUGAGGGCAGGAGCAAGCGCCACCUGUUUCUGAAGAGAGCUCUGAUGAAUGACUCUCUGGCCACAUGUCUAGACCUGAUGCCUCUGGGAGGGAGGACGUGGGGAUGGGGAGCCUGCAUAGAAGGGAUUGAGCUGGACUUGGCUGUUUAUAUAACACCCCCAACCCCCGGGUGUCACACACUUGUAGUUCUGCAGACUGAGCUCACUGAACAUUCCAGGGUCUCCUUUCACCCCUUCAUUUCCCCUCACCAGCUCUGUGGGGGCGGGGCCCAGAGAACCAUUGACUGAGAGUCACCUUGUUACCCCCGGUGGCUGGGUGUCAGCUUCCUGACACCACCAGCCUGUCAGCCACCCAAGCCCUCUCCUCCAGGCUAGGCCAGCCCUGAUUUCACCCUGCCCAUUAACACCAGGUGCACCCCAGGCCCCGAGUCCCUUUGAAGUGUUCCCCUGUCGUA